AAACAAAGCCAAACAGCUGAUGACGACAGACCCCCUCCGCGCAAUAAUAAAAGAUAAAAAAAAAAAAAAUAUAUAUCCGAUACAUAUCAAGAAAUCAAGAGACAAGAAUUAUUACAGUUGAGUUUUGGAUCAUACCAAGUGCUGAAGCAUAUGCUCCAGUGGGUCUCUAGUCCAUCAUGCUGAGACCAGGAUAAUAAGAUUAAAAAAAUAAUAAACAAACGGAAAUUAUUAUAACAACUCGUGUUCUCUUUUUAUUUUUUUAUUAAAUUGUGCAGUGAAAAAUAAACAAAGAAAAAAAACAAACUGUCAGUGAGACAAAAUAAUUUUCAUAUUAAAUUUGCGUAUUGUGAUAUUAAAAUAGUAGACAAAUAAUUAAUAAAUAAUUUAUUUAACAAGAGAACAGAGUGAGUUAUAAUAAUGCCGUUUAUAUCAAAAGACUGGAGAAGUCCUGGAGAAGAAUGGGUCAAAACUGUCGAAGGUUGGGAAAAAAAAAAAAUACUUGAAUGUGCUAAUAAUAAAACACUUUCAUUAUUAAUACGAACUGAAAAUAACGAUGAUAAAUGUGAUAAAGAAACUGAAAAAGAAAAGGAAAAAACAAAUGAACAUGCUGUCCAGCCUCACUGUCAUAUAACAUUGAAGUGUACUCGUGAGAUUGCAGGAUUUAAUGGACUCAGUGAUGCAUUAAAAAGACUUGAUUUUUUAUCAGCUGUUCAUGAUUAUCGUAGAUUUAACUACAUUGUACGUCUCUUGGAUUUACUUGUUAGUCAUACAAUGGGUGGUCUGAGUGGUUGUGCUCAACGAGUUUUAUUUAAUAUGCUUGAAGAAGUUGCAUUAGAAGUUGCAUUGUCUCAACAACAAACUGGAAAAUUACGAAGACUUAUUGAAAGAGUUCGUGCUUUUAGUGCUGCUUGUUGUUGGGGUGGUAGACCUCUAGGUUCAGUUAUUCUUUGGGAAAAACACAAAGCAGCACUUGAUAGAAUACUUCACAUUGCUUCGUCUAUAACAAUAACCCAGCCUGAUGAAGGACAACAACCUCAGUGGUCUGAUUUACCAGCUGAAUGUCGUCGUGAAGUAUUAUUACGUCUAAGUGAUCCUCGUGAUAUUGAAGCUUCAUCAGAAGCUUGUGAACAUCUUGCACUUCUUGCACAAGAACAAAGAAUUUGGCGUGAAUUAGCACAGUAUCAUUUUACUGCUCAACAAAUUUCAACAACUAUUUUAAAUAAUCCUGGUAAAGACUGGAAAACUAUAUUUACAAUUGCUCGAAGAAAUUUAGGAUUACGUGAAGAGUAUGCUGAGAUGAUACAACUUUGUAGAAAUUGUCGUUGUUUAUUUUGGCUAUCACUUGGACAUCCUUGUAUUGCUGAUCAAGAUCCAGCAUUUCAAGAAAAACUUGCUAAUGUUGAUCAAGAUUCUCUGUAUGUUCCUAUUCCACCGCAAACAUUUCUUAAAUUUUUUUCCCUCUGAAAAUCUACAUGAUUUUUAUUUUUGUCCAAUAAUCUUUCGUGGAUUAUCAAAAUAAUCAGCAUAACAAAGCAGGUUAAAAAAAUUAAAUUAGUAAAAAACAAGAAAAUAUAACGUUUUUCAUCCAGAAAAAUUAAUGCUGGUUUAUAAAAACGAAUAAAUUUAUUAGCACGUGUGAAAAAUAUUAUAGAUAAAUUUAAAAAAAUAUAUAUAUUCCUAGCCUGCUUCCUAUCACACUAUUGUUAAACAAUAUAAUAUUAUUUUUUAUGUUUCGUAAAUUUGUUAUUCAUUUAUUUAUAAUACACUUGAUAAUUAUUUUAAUUUUAUUCAUUUUUUAAAAUGGCGUACUGAUAAUUCAAGAUUAAUUUUAAGCUCCAAGGUUUUUUAAAAAAAAAUCUUGUUAUUCGUAAAAUUAAAAAGUACACUAGUUUGUUUGUAAAAAAAAAAUAUCGGGCAAGUGCAAAAAUUAUAUUUUUAAUUUAAACAAUCGUAUUAUAAUUAUUUGUUAAUUUUUUGUAUUAAUUUUUUGCUGCUAUAGUUGAUAAGAGUGUUGAAACUAAAAGCAAAUGAAUAUUUUUUUUUUCUAUAACUAUUUGUUUAUUAAACAAAAUUAUGUUUUGAUAUUGACUGAGUUUUUUUCUAUGUAUAUAAUUAAUAUAUGAUACUUUUAAAAAAUCUAAAUUGAAAAUUAAAUUUUCUUAUAAUUAAUUUGUCUACUAUUUAAGCGUGUUUUACGAAUUAAAUUCAGCACGAUUUAAAUGUUUAUAAAUAUCUCAUUGUUUGGAUAAUAUAAAAAUAAAAAUAUUUCAAUUUUUUUUUCUUCUAAAUUGGACAAUACGAUAAAUAAUUUAUUGCGAAAUUAUUCAUGAAAAUAUUAUUGUCUAGCCAAUUACCAAAUACGACGUAAAAAAAAAUGAAAACUUUUAAAACUGCCAAUUUAAAUGCUAUUGCAUUUUAUGUGAAUUGAAAUUUUAUUUACAAUAAUUAUAUUUGUUUUAAAUAACUUUAUUCUACAGAAUAUAUAUGAAAAAAAUUAAAAUCAAUUUCACUUAAUUAAAAAGUUGAGCAGAUCUUAAAAUUUAUAGGCUUUCAUUAGAUUUUUUGGUGACACAAUUACAUGAAAAUCAAUAUCACAUGAAUGUCCAUGAUGAAACCAUAAAUAAAAUGAAUAAAAUAUUUUAAAUAAUAUAUA